ACCACCUCCAGGAGCGGCUUCCUGGUCCAACGGAAGUGACGUACGGUGGCCGGUGGCUGGGCGUCUGUGGAGGACGAGGGCCGCUGCAGCCAUGGGCCGCGAGUUUGGGAACCUGACGCGGGUGCGGCAUGUGAUCUCCUACAGCUUGUCGCCCUUCGAGCAGCGCGCCUUCCCGCACUACUUCAGCAAGGGCGUCCCCAACAUGCUGCGCCGCACUCGGGAGUGCAUCCUUCGCGUGGCGCCGCCAUUUAUAGCAUUUUAUCUUGUCUACACCUGGGGGAACCAGGAGUUUGAGAAGUCCAAGAGGAAGAAUCCAGCUGCCUAUGAAAAUGACAAAUGAGCCACUCAUCUGGAUGAUGGUUUCCUGCCUCUGAAAGACCCUUCUCUGGAAGAGGAGUCUGUAUUGUAGUGUCUUGAAGACACAAUAAAGCUCUCAUGGGCUGCACUGUUGUGACUUUACAUUCUUUUGAGCAGAAUCCUCAGCAUGACUGCCAAUAAUUCAAGUUCAUGAUGUUCCCCUCCUCAGCAAGAGUCCUGAGCAGCUUUGCCUAGUCUGGGUUCUGGUGAAGGGGUAGACUCCCCCUUGUUCUUUAGUCUACAAGUGUUGGUUCUUGGCCCUCUGGUCCCAUUGUAAACAUAAAGCCGAG